GGGAGCUCUGUGACCAUCUGGUGUCAGGGGUCUCUGCAGGCUGAAGUCUACCAUCUGUAUAAAGAGAGGGUCUCUAUACCCGUGGAGACAGAGACCCCACAGGACUCCAGCAACAAGACCAGUUUCUCCAUCGAAUCUAUGAGCUCACACACUGCAGGGCUGUAUCAGUGUGCGUACAACACCAGCAUGAACAGCUCAUCAGAGCGCAGUGACCCCCUGCCCCUGGUGGUGACAGGAGUGUACAACGCACCCUCCCUCUCAGCCCACCCAGGCCCUGUGGUGGCUUCAGGAGAGAAUGUGUCCCUCUUGUGCAGCUCAGAGUUCACAUCUGUCACUUUCCAUCUGCUGAAGGAGGGAGGAGCUGACCCUCCCAGACACAUGGAAUCAAGGACCCAUCAUAGGAGGGGGCAGGCCCUCUUCCCUGUGGGCCCUGUGAACACCUCCCAUGGGGGGACCUACAGAUGCUAUGGUUCUCACAGCUCCUACCCCUAUGUGUGGUCACACCCCAGCAACCCUCUGCAUCUCGAAGUCACAGGUGUGUACAGGGAGCCCUCCCUCUCAGCCCAAUCUGGCUCACUGGUGCUCUCUGGAGACAACCUGACCCUCCAGUGUCACUCAGAGGCCGGCUUUGACAGAUUUGCUCUUACCAGGGAUGAGGCGCUCACACCCCCCCAGCAUCUUCAUGGGCAGCACAGCGCCAACUUCCCCCUGGGCCGUGUGGACCACACUCACAGGGGCCAGUACAGAUGCUAUGGUAGACACAACCUCUCCUAUGCAUGGUCAGCCCCCAGCGCACCCCUGGACAUCCUGGUCGCAGGGAUGUAUGAGAAACCCUUUCUCUCAGCCCAGCUGGGGAGAGUGUCCUGGGGAGACAAUGUGACCCUGCAGUGUGGCUCUGAGAUCUGGUUCGAUACCUUCCAUCUGUCCAAGGAGGGGUCACCUGCUCCUCCCCAGCUCCUUCGUCUGCAGGACACGGCCGCCCCCUUUCAGGCCAACUUCACCAUCGGUCCUCUGACCUCAGACCAUGAGGGGACCUACAGGUGCUACGGCUCAAACAGCACCUCCCCCCACCUGUUGUCACUGCCCAGUGACCCCCUGGAGCUCCGGGUCUCAGGUCUCACAUGGUAUCUGAACGUUCUGAUUGGAGUCACGGUGGCCUUCGUCCUGCUCCUCUCCCUCCUCCUCCUCUUCCUCCUUACCUGACACCAGCGUCAGGACAAACG